CCGCCUUCUCCUUCUCCUUCUCCCCUCCUCGCGCGGCGCCUCCUUCUUUCCUCUCCCCGCCGCCGCCAGCCCCCUUCUCCGCCGCUUACCUUCCGAAGCAGGUGAGAAGAGGAGAUGUUGGUGCUCUUCGAGACGCCCGCGGGGUUCGCCCUCUUCAAGGUGCUGGACGAGGGGAAGCUCAGCAAAGUCGAGGAUCUGUGGAAGGAUUUCGCCUCGUCGGACAAGGCGAGAAAGGUGGUUGAGCUCAAGGCUUUCAACAAGUUCGAGAACACUUCGGAUGCUCUUUCAGCCGCUACUUUGCUGAUUGAUAGCAAGCCUAGCAAGGGCCUGCGCAAGUUCCUGACGAAGCACUGUGAUGGGGAAACAUUGGCUGUUGCCGAUUCUAAGCUUGGCAACGCUAUCAAGGAGAAGCUGAAAAUUGAUUGCCUUCACAACAGUGCUGUCAUGGAACUGAUGAGAGGGCUCAGGAGUCAGCUCACUGAACUUAUGUCUGGACUAGCUGAACAUGAUCUAGGUCCGAUGAGCCUUGGGUUGUCCCACAGCUUGUCUAGGUAUAAGCUCAAGUUCAGCCCUGAAAAGGUUGAUACUAUGAUCAUUCAGGCCAUUGGCUUGUUGGAUGAUCUUGACAAGGAGCUUAACACCUAUGCCAUGAGGGUUCGUGAAUGGUACGGCUGGCACUUCCCAGAGCUCACAAAAAUUGUUGCAGAUAAUAUCCAUUACGCGAAAGCUGUCAAGUUGAUGGGCAAUCGUGUUAAUGCAGUCAACCUCGAUUUCUCAGAGAUACUAGAAGAGGAUGUUGAAGCGGAGCUGAAGGAGGCAGCUGUAAUUUCCAUGGGAACAGAGGUUAAUGAUCUUGACCUGUCAAACAUCAGAGAGCUGUGUGAUCAAGUCCUAUCUCUUUCUGAGUACAGAGCCCAGCUCUAUGACUAUCUAAAAAGUAGGAUGAAUACCAUUGCUCCCAACUUGACUGCACUUGUUGGUGAACUUGUUGGCGCUCGCCUCAUUGCCCAUGGUGGUAGUUUGAUGAAUCUGGCGAAGCAGCCUGGCAGCACUAUUCAGAUACUGGGGGCAGAGAAGGCCUUGUUCAGAGCUCUGAAGACAAAGCAUGCUACACCAAAGUACGGUCUCAUCUAUCAUGCAUCAUUAAUUGGACAGGCGGCUCCGAAGCACAAGGGAAAGAUCUCUCGGUCGCUUGCUGCUAAGACCGCACUGGCCAUAAGAUAUGAUGCCCUUGCUGAUGGUGACGAUAACUCCAUGGGUCUUGAGAGCAGGAUCAAGCUUGAAACACGGCUUCGCGUCCUUGAGGGUAAGGAGUUAGGAAAGUCUGCGGGUUCCACUAAAGGAAAGCCCAAGAUAGAAGCAUAUGAGAAGGACCGGAAGGGUGCUGGGGCUUUAAUCACACCUGCUAAAACUUACAACCCAGCAGCAGAUCUAGUGCUCUCCACUGAAGCAACACCAAAGAAGUCAGAAGUGGCUUCAAAGAAGAGGAAACAUGAAGAGGCAGAACCUACAAAGGAGACAGCUGCAGAGGAUGGCGAGCAGGAGAAGGAGAAGUCAAAGAAGAAGAAGAAGAAAUCUAAGGACACCGAGGAGUCACCAGCAGCUGAUGCCGACGGCGGAGAGAAGAAAAAGAAGAAGAAGAGCAAGGACAGCGAGGAGGUUCCUCCUUCAGCUGAUGCGGAUGGCGAGAAGAAGAAAAAGAAGAAGAAAUCUGACACGGAGGAUGCCGCCCCCAUGGAAACCGAUGUAUCUGCCAAGAAGGAGAAGAAGAAAAAGAAGAAGCACGCUGAUGAGUGAGUGGCACGGAAACAUGGCCAAAAUUUGUGGUGUAAUGCUGUACUAUCAUCUGAAAGUUUUGAGUAGCGCCGAUUUGAGACAUCCUCCUAUUCCUGUAGAAUGGAAUGUCACAUUAGGACUAGCUGCAACGAAGCCUACUUUUCUGAACUUGCACGUACCUGGUAGUGAUGGUAACAAGUGGAAUGCUCAAUCUUAUGUUCGUCUUAUCCAUAAAUUCUGCAAUGUUCAUUCUGUGAAGGUAGUAGGUGAGUGAUGUAUCAGUUUUUGCUAUGUUCAUCUGAUAUAAAAUAUGCUAUCUAUGUUUAUCUGAUAUUA